GAGGGAGAGAGAGAGGAAGCCAGUCAGUCUGCACGAGGUUCAGCUGAGACACAGCGAGACCCACACUACACAGAGCAACGCGUGAGACUGAACAAACCACAGAUGAUGUCGAGAAACAGACGGUGACUGCAAAAAAUUAAACAGAGGAUUGCAUUGAGUUGAUUGGAAACAAACAAACAGCAAAACCUCAGCCAAUCAGAGCCUCGCGAUGCCUGAGUGAAGAGGAUCGGUUGUGGACUGCAUGCAGGGUGCCGUGUGAAUGGAAGAGACAGGGGGUUUGUAGAUAGCAGGGGGACAAGUGUGUGUGUGCCGGAGAUGGUUUGGCUGCAUGGACUCGUUGGCAUCGUUUCUGCUGUCCUACUGCGCUACCUCCACCCUCCCCCUGCUCUCUGAAGCCGCUCAAUACGCACAGAUAUGAGCUCCAAACACUCAUCUGACUGGAUCCCCUACAGCACCCUGGAUGAUGAGGGUACUAACCUGCGACAACAGAAGCUGGACAGACAGCGAGCCCUUCUGGAACAGAAACAGAAGAAAAAACGUCAGGAGCCUCUGAUGGUGCAGUCUAAUCUAGAUGGGCGAUCUCGAGUGCGCAGGACCCGGCAGUCAGAAGAACAGGCUCCCCUCGUGGAGAGCUACCUUAGCGGCAACAGCAGCACCAUCUAUCACGUGCAAGAAGCGGAGCAGGAAGAGGUUAAAGCUGUAGCGGAGGUUCAGGCCCCCCGCUCGGCAAAAAAAACCAAGCCGCCUACCUCCACUCCUCAGACUGGCAGCGCCAAGAAGGAGAAAAAGGCCAAGCAGAAAGGAAUUGAUGGGCCCGCUGCCUUCCAGGAUGAGGGUCAGGAGCUGGGCAACCAGAUUCAGAUCCUAACCGUGGGCCACUCACCUGCACAGGAGAGCGAGGCAGAGGGCCAGGGGGAGGCAGUGGGCAGCACACAGUCACAGGGCAAACGGGACCUACGGGUCACCAUGCUAAAGAAAGGAAUCUCCAGUAGCAUGAACUUUGAUGAGGAUGAAGAUGAUGAUGAUGAUCAAGAUGAUUUGAUCAGCUCAAGCUCAUCUCAGCUUAACAGCAACACAAGACCUGGAUCUGCCACCAGCAAAAAGUCCACCAAGGAGGCAACCUCGGCUUCUACCCCAUUGGCCAACGAGCCCUCAAUCGAGGUGGAUGACUUAGAGGAGUUCACUCUCAGACCCGCCCCCCAAGGAAUUACUGUGAAGUGCAGGAUCACACGGGACAAGAAGGGCAUGGACAGAGGAAUGUAUCCCACCUACUACCUCCAUCUGGAGAGAGAGGAUGGAAAGAAGGUUUUCCUUUUAGCUGGCCGGAAGAGAAAGAAGAGCAAAACAUCCAAUUACCUCAUCUCAAUCGACCCCACUGACCUUUCUCGAGGUGGCGAAAGCUUCAUCGGAAAACUGAGAUCAAACCUUAUGGGUACCAAGUUUACAGUAUAUGACAAUGGUGUGAACCCAUUCAAGACUACAUCCAGCCUGGAAGCCGGAAACCUCCGCCAGGAGCUUGCAGCUAUCUGCUAUGAGACUAAUGUUUUAGGCUUCAAGGGACCUAGAAAGAUGAGCGUCAUUAUUCCUGGAAUGAACAUGGACCAUGAAAGAGUCUCCAUCCGGCCUAAAAAUGACCAUGAGUCUCUGCUGGCUCGAUGGCAAAACAAAAGCACAGAGAGCGUUAUAGAGCUCCAUAACAAGACACCUGUGUGGAACGAUGAUACUCAAUCAUAUGUGCUCAACUUUCACGGCAGGGUCACCCAAGCGUCCGUCAAAAACUUUCAGAUCAUUCAUGACAAUGACCCGGAUUACAUUGUUAUGCAGUUUGGUCGUGUAGCGGAGGACGUCUUUACUAUGGACUACAACUACCCCAUGUGCGCCCUGCAGGCAUUUGCUAUUGCCCUGUCCAGCUUUGACAGCAAGCUGGCCUGCGAGUAGCCGUGUGUCCACCAGCCACAACUACAAACGGACCCAGACAGACUGAUACACAAUCAUUGAGUAAAGGACUGCUGUGAGCUCCAAAACAGCAAGGCCCCUCUCUCAAGACCCCCGCUUGGAAGGCAUUAGGAGCAAGUAUUUGCUGGAGAUUGAGUGUGUGUUGUCUUUUUUGUGAUACAGUAGUGUGUGAGAGAAAGGUGGCAUCAUACUGGGGGAAAAGCACAAGGACUAAACCGCUGGUUCUUCUUUUAAACAGUGAGAAUAUUGGAAGAUUGUGCAUUUACAUGUGUGGCAGACAAAAGUCGCUUUUUGCUGCCUUUACUAAACAGACAUUAUUAUGUUUUUGCAAGGUUUAAGACUAAAAUUUUGUUAAUGUUGAAUGGGGAAUCUUUUUCAGUAGUAUUUGUCCCUUAAAAAACCCUUCAUUUUGCCAUGAUCAUAGUUUUAUAACAAUAAAACUUAACUUCACUAACAACUUAUUUUUAACAUGAAUUGUAACAUGUAGCUGUGAUUUAUAACAGUUUGAGUGUUUUGUUUAGUUAUUAAACAGACUUUUGUAAAGUUACACAUUUAAAUAUGUAACAUACAUGCUUUAUGAGGGCUCCAAAAUUGUUAGCCAGUGUUUUAAAGGGAUAGUUCACCCAAAAAUAAAAAUUCUGUCAUUAUUUACUCACUCUCAUGUUGUUACAAACCUGUAUAAUUUAAAAGGAAGAUAUUUUGAGAAAUGUUUGUAAACAAACCGUUCACUAUUCACUUCCAUAGUAUUCUUUUAUCCUACCAUGGAAGUGAAUAGGGUCCACGAACGGUUUGGUUACAGACAUUUCUCAACAUAUCUUCCUUUGUGUUCAUCAGAACAAAGAAAUUUCUACAGGUUUGUAACAACAUGAGAGUGAGUAAAUAAUGACAGAAUUUUCAUUUUUGGGCAAACCAUCCGUUUAAGUAUGACUGACAUAUUUAUCCAUUAUUUAUGUAUUUAUAGAUUUCCAUACCAUCUGCUGCUUUUGUUUUACCCCACGCCCCAAAUUCCCUCGAUACAUGUAUCUUGUCAAGGCCUCGUUCGCAUUUGAGCAUCAUGAAAUUCAGAUGAUGAAUGUGUUUUGGUUCCACAAAAUAUAGAUCAGUGAUGAACUGUGCUUUGAAAUAGUUCACUACUGCAAAUCCCACCCCUGCGUCCCCGAGUGCCACUUCAUGGUGUGCACCUCAGUUCAGAAAACGAAUCAAAACGAAUGGCUCACUGGAUCCAGAUCUACACCAUUAGCUCCAGUGUGGAUCUGAAUAAUGACAAAAGCGUGUGGUAUGUCAUUUAAUGUGAGGGUCAAGUUAGUAAUUAUCAUCUCAAUUAUUCUGACCCAUUGUAGGGGAAUGUACCGAAUUGAGCACUUUAAAUGGUUUAAAGGUGGAACGCUGUAAAUAUUGUGCCUUUGGACAAGACACUUGUGAUGCUUGAAGUUGGUGAGAUGCUAAAUUGUUUUCUUCGGUCGGUGUUUAUUUAUCAUGCAGAUAUCUAAGCUUUUGUCUAUUGUUCUUAUGAACAACCCAUAUGUUUACAGUGUACUGGCCAGUACAGUAGCUCUCCAGAACAGAGAAGGUAGUUGUUUGACACAAUGAGAGAGUUUGUUCAGUGUUUGUUGCUGCAUGCAUACUGAAUUUCUUUUACAUUCCAAAAUUAACACAGGUGUGAAAAAUGUUAAAAGUGUCAAAACCCCCAUCGACACCUUUCAUUUUAUUCGUUUCUUUGCUAAACAAUGCUGAUAAUUAAUAUUAUAAGGGGGAAAUAUUGAGAUAUUGUAUUAGCAAUGUAAUAACUGAAUUGCCAAAAGUAUUUUGGAAGUCUUCAUUUAAAACGGCCACACAGAUUUAUGCAAAAGCAUGUCCAUGCGGGUGAUUUUUAUAUUACUUAUUCCAGCUAAAGAUCAAUUUAACUAGUCUUUAAUUAUUUUAUAAAACAACAUUCUUGUUGAAGGAAUGUGUUUUUAAAAAUUAGUCAAAUUAGUUUAGUCAUAAAAAACUAUAUCUUAGUGUGACAAAUUUUAAGUUUAAAAAAGCAUCAAAUUAUUUUCAAAAUAAAGGUGAAUUAUUAUGCUGCAAAUUGAAUGCAUUUAAUGAUUUAUUUGACUAUUAUAUAAUCAUAAUGUUCAGAUGUCACACUUUACAAUAUAACUUAUCCCCAGAAAAGUAUUUUUAAUAUUACUAUUUUAGGAAACAAUAUAAAAAUGUAUAAAAAAAUUGGCUGAACGGCAAAGAAAUGUGUGUUGUUUACUGUAAGUAAUUUUUAAAUGCCUUGUGAUAUCAUUCCAGCAGUUUCUAUGCUUUUUCAAUGUAAUGCUCUAACAAUUUUGAGUUUGCUCUAAAUGGAUAAAACAAUGAAAACUUGCAUUUUUCUGCUCUUUUUUUAUCUAUCUUCUCACCACUCUUGUGUUAAAGUGAUAAUGUAUAACUGUUGCGUCUCACUGUUUUGUAAAAUGUGUACAUUGGUCAAUAUACAGUGUUUGUAUACGGUACUCAAGAUAUGAAAAAAUAAAUCUGAACUCAAGUGA